UUCCGCGUUCCUGGGCAGACUCGUCCGGUGAGAUGGCGGAGGAAGCGGCGCUGGUGUGGGUUCGAGGCCCCCCCGGCUUCGGCGUCAAGGCGCUGCCUUGUCCCCCGAUUCCAUCAUGUUCUGUCCAUAAUUUUAUCCAGCGGCUUUGCCGAGAUCAGGAAAUUCCAGUGGAAUGUUUCUUUGUGAAAUGCAAUGGUGUCCUUGUUAGUGCCGACACGAGAGUACAGCAUGGAGCCGUGUAUAGUUUGGAGCCCAGGCUUUGCGGCGGGAAAGGAGGUUUUGGAUCUAUGCUCCGAGCACUUGGUGCUCAGAUUGAGAAAACAACAAAUCGAGAGGCUUGCCGGGAUCUCAGUGGAAGGAGACUGCGAGAUGUCAAUCAUGAGAAAGCCAUGGCCGAGUGGGUCAAGCAGCAGGCUGAGCGGGAGGCUGAGAAAGAGCAGAAGCGCCUGGAGCGCCUGCAGCGGAAGCUUGUAGAACCCCGACACUGCUUUACCAGUCCUGACUACCAGCAGCAGUGCCAUGAGAUGGCUGAGCGCCUGGAGGAUUCGGUCCUCAAAGGUAUGCAGGCUUCAUCCAGCAAGAUGGUGUCAGCAGAGCUCAGUGAAAACCGGAAGCGUCCUAACAAAUCCCAGACAAACAGAGACAACAGUUCUGGGAAGAAGAAAUGCUUCUGGUUGGGUAUGGAGGGACUGGAGACUGCAGAGGGGUCCAGUUCUGAGAGCUCCGAUGAGGACAGUGAAGAAACAGCCAGCACUUCAGGCAUGCAAUUUCAGCUCCCACCGGAUGGCGGAGCUGCUGUGGAACAGGCAGCUGAAUUGCCCUGUGGUUCUCAGAGGACACCAGUAUUGACAGCAGACGCUUGCUCACCAGAAAAGCUGCAAAGCCUGAUUACUGCCUCGGGAAAUGGUCUUUCAGAGGACUUAGAUGUUGAACCAGGAGAAGUGUCUGCUGAGAAGUGCACGGAGAAGAUGAUUGGAGAAACAGCAAAGGACCUGGCAGAAAAGAAGGACGGGAAUCAGAAACCCUUGGCCAAGGAAACUGUGGCAGCCCCAAAUCCAGAGAAAGAGACAAGAGAAGUGACUGAUGAGGAGCGAGCCACCUGGGGAACUCACAGAGAAGUUGGGGAGAAUGUUUCUGCUGCCAGGCCAAAGGAGAGCCAGUCAGGAAACACAGAUGUUGGUGAAACCAUUGAUUUACUGUCAUUCAGCUCCGCAGCAGAAAUGGAAUUGCUAGGUUUGGAGAAACUCAAGUGUGCGCUGCUGGCCCGAGGGCUAAAAUGUGGGGGCACUCUGCAGGAACGAGCGGCCAGACUCUUCUCUGUCAGAGGACUGUCCAGGGACCAGAUAGACCCUGCUUUGUUUGCGAAGCCUGUGAAAGGGAAGAGGAAGUGAAACCUACCAGAGCAGAUUUCCUGUUUCAGAGCCUGCACAUGAAACCUGCAUUAAGUUGCAUUUCUGGCUAUGGUGACAUGAAAGCUGACUUUUUAAUAAACCAAUUCAAACUUCUUUUUUAUGAUUACAUUUAUAGAGUUUGUAGGUGAAACCAUUUUCAUUGUGGGGUGGCUUGGCUUUUAUACGUGCCAUUUAAUAAAU